CGUCACAGAAAGGGAAAAGAAAGAUCUGAAAUAUAAGAAAAAAGUAUUGGAGAUAGCUAAAGACCAUCGCCGAGCUGGAGAAAUAGAAAAAGUUAUCCGGUACCAUAUGCCAAAGGAAGAUGAAAAACCAUCGGAACGUUAUGAGGAAGAUGUCCUUGAGAAGGGGCUUAACUCUGAACAACAGCGCUGGGAAGAGGAUCAUCUCGGGGCAGCAAUAAUGAAAUUUGGAGCUCGUGAUGCCAAACAACGAGCAAAGGAAAAACAAAAAACCAAAGAUUAUGACUUCAUCAUGGAUGAAGAGAUAGAAUUUGUGCAGGCACUACAGAUGCCAGGAAGUAAGAAAAACAAGGACAAAGAGCCAGAACUGUCUGAUGCGGAGAGGAAGAAGAUGACAAUAGAAGAGUGUAAGCGAAGUCUUCCAGUGUUUCCCUUCAAACAAGAUCUGUUGGACGCUAUAGAGGAGCACCAGGUCCUCAUUAUAGAGGGAGAGACGGGCUCCGGGAAAACAACACAAAUUCCACAGUACCUACAUGAAGGGGGGUUCACAAGGAAUGGCAUGAAAAUUGGCUGUACACAGCCCCGACGAGUGGCAGCUAUGUCAGUGGCAGCUCGUGUGGCAGAGGAAAUGGGCAAAAAACUGGGAAAUGAGGUUGGAUACAGUAUCCGAUUUGAGGACUGUACCUCAGACAGAACUAUCAUUAAGUACAUGACAGAUGGUAUGUUACUGAGAGAAUUCCUGGGAGAGCCCGAUUUAGCCAGUUACAGUGUGAUGAUAAUUGAUGAGGCUCACGAGCGUACACUACAUACAGAUGUCUUGUUCGGACUAGUCAAAGACAUCUCUCGCUUCAGACCAGACCUCAAACUCCUAAUAUCUAGUGCCACACUGGAUGCAGAGAAGUUCUCAGAGUUUUUCGAUGAAGCCCCCAUCUUCCGAAUCCCUGGUCGUCGUUUCCCUGUGGAUAUCUAUUACACCAAGGCUCCAGAGGCUGACUACCUUGAUGCUGCUGUGGUGUCUGUGCUCCAGAUCCAUGUUACACAACCUGAUGGUGACAUCCUGGUAUUCCUCACAGGUCAGGAGGAGAUUGAGUCGUGUAACGAGAUGUUACAGGAGAGAACCAAGAAACUGGGUAGUAAGAUAAAGGAACUAAUAAUCUUACCUAUCUACGCCAAUCUUCCAUCUGACAUGCAGGCCAAGAUCUUCGAGCCUACACCUCCAGGAGCCAGGAAAGUUGUCAUAGCUACUAACAUAGCAGAAACAUCGCUGACCAUCGACGGCAUCAAGUAUGUCAUAGAUCCUGGCUUCUGUAAGCAGAAUAGCUACAACGCAAGGACAGGCAUGGAGUCACUUAUCGUCACACCCAUAUCUAAGGCCUCUGCGAACCAGAGAGCUGGACGUGCAGGAAGAGUAUCAGCGGGGAAAUGUUUUCGUCUGUACACUGCCUGGGCCUACAAGAAUGAACUUGAAGAUAACACAAUACCGGAGAUCCAACGAACUAACCUAGGUAAUGUGGUCCUCAUGCUCAAAUCACUCGGCAUCAAUGACCUCAUCCACUUUGACUUCAUGGAUCCUCCUCCACAUGAGACCCUUGUCCUGGCUCUGGAACAGUUGUAUGCUCUUGGAGCUCUGAACCAUCGUGGGGAACUAACCAAACUGGGACGCCGCAUGGCAGAGUUCCCUGUCGACCCGAUGAUGUCAAAGUCUAUACUGGCAUCAGAGCAAUAUAAAUGCUCAAAGGAGAUUCUGACAAUUUGUGCUAUGUUGUCAGUCAAUAACUCCAUAUUCUACCGUCCCAAGGACAAGGUUGUCCAUGCUGACACAGCUAGACAGAACUUUUUCCGUCCUGGUGGUGACCACCUGACACUAUUAAAUGUGUAUGACCAAUGGGAGGAGACCUCCCACUCCACACAGUGGUGCUAUGAGAACUUCAUCCAGCACCGGUCAAUGAAGCGAGCUCGGGAUGUCCGUGACCAGCUAGAGGGCUUAAUGGAAAGGGUGGAGAUUGAAAUGAACACUAACCCUGGUGACACAAUAGCUCUCCGAAAGGCCAUUACUGCUGGAUUUUUCUACCACACUGCCCGGCUUGGCAAGGGAGGUAACUACAGGACAGUGAAGCAUCAACAGACUGUCAUGGUCCACCCUAACAGUAGCCUUUUUGAGGAUCGACCCCGCUGGCUAAUCUACCACGAGCUGGUAUUUACUACUAAGGAGUUUAUGAGACAGGUGAUAGAGAUAGAGAACUCCUGGCUUCUGGAGGUUGCACCUCACUACUACAAGUCUAAAGAACUGGACGACACCUCAAAACGGAAAAUGCCCAAAAAUACUGGGAAAGCUCGGGAUGACGUUACACGACAAUAUUGAUCUACAAAGUAGAUUAUUUCUGCAACCUUGUUGGUCACCUGUUUGCCUUAACUUUUAAACUGCAGAUUACUGGUAAUAAGACUGUUAGCUUGUGACAAACAGAAUCUGUUGUGUGAUAGAUCAUGGUGAUAGAACCUGUUGGAGUUUAUCAGUUGGAUUAAUGAAUCGUGAGGAUGACACCAUGCUAAAUAUACUAAGUGUUAAUUUUAUAUAACAACUUAAUACUUACUGCUAAUUUCAUUUAACAAUCAAGUACUAUCUUUCCUGAAUGUAAGAUUGUGUCAUAUUGUUCAUAAUGAAGAAAAAACCAGUCACUUAGAUUGCCUGAAUAGAAAGAUAUUUUGACGAUAGAUUGCCUGAAUAGAAAGAUAUUUUGACGAUGACAAGGUUUGGGUUAUUCCUGUAAGCUUCUCUCUUAUGCUCCUAUUCAUGUAUUUCUAAUGAGAUUUGAGUAUUUAGCUCUCUAAAUACUUGGGAAUGACACCCUCAGAAAGAGUUGCCUCCCUUCCAUAUGUCUUACCAGUGAGAAUAGUAUGGUCCGGAACUUUAAAGCAGUACUCCUAUGGGCAACUACUCUUGAACCAAACAGAUAAGGUUAAUAUAUUUCUUAUACACACAGGUACACUUAGGUAUUUCUUUUCUGGCAACUAUGGUAAUGUCAUCAAUUGUGUUAAACUCAAAGUUGUUCUGUAAAUUGCUGUUAACACAAAGUUGUUCUGUAAAUUGCUGUUAACACAAAGUUGUUCUGUAAAUUGCUGUUAACACUGAACCUGAUUUUUUCCUAAUACGUAAUCAAGAGCAUCUCAGCAUUGUUUCAAUUAGGACAUGUUGCUUUAAUUAUUAUUUGAUACUUUACAGUUAUAACUGGACUCUACAUUACCUCAGUGUUAAGCACAGGUUCUCUCUAGAAGUACAUGUGCUGUCUUGACCAAAAUUUGUUACAGGUUUAAUUUAUUGUUUACACGACUCAUACUGCUUAGUUUGUUCUCACUGACUGUAGCCCAUGUUUGGACAGCAUCAAGUAAACCUGGAAUAUACUUUAUGCAUGACAAUCCCAACAAAUAUUUCAUAUCCUGAAGUACACCUACAAUUUACUGUUAAUUAGACUAUGUUAGUUUAUUGUACAACGGUAAAGUGUUGCUAUUUUUUUAGCUCAAUAUAUAUGGAGAAGUGGGAAUUCUACAUGUAUUUCUCUGUAUUUAUAUCAAAUUGUCACAUUAACGAGGAUUUAGAACAAUUAUUUUUCUUCAGCAAAUAAUCAGCUAGUGAUUUUCGCACAGUAAAACAUACUUCGGCUAUUGUUAAAGGGUUCUCAGGUUUUACUGUACAUUAAAUGGAACUGUGUCACAGGGAGUGUGAAUUUUACUGAAAAUAGUUUGUUAAGUUGUGUGAUUUGUGAGAUUGACAAUGUACAUUGUGUGAUAGGAUGGCUGUAUGUUAAGUGCUAUAGAGACGUGUAUGCUGGCCGUACCCAGAUGUAAAUAUCAUGUGUCUCAUCAUCAUUCACCAAACAAUUAAAGUAUAGAUAAAUAAAUGAAACCAACUACACAU